GGGUGGUCUGCGACACAAUCAAACGCUCAUUUGUUGCUUUUCGUGUGUGUGUGUUUUGCGGCGCAUUUUAGUUUUUAAUUUUUCUCGGUUUGUUUUAUUUUUAUGAAUUAAAAUCAUCAAACGCAUUUGAAAAUAUAAGGCAUUGUGAAAGUAGCAUUGGCGUGAGCGCAAAAAAAACGGCAGCAAAAUGCGCUGAUUGCGAGAUUUUGUAGUACCAAACAAGGCACUUCUUCGUCUUCGUCUCUCUUCGUCUCCUCCUGCACCUCUUCGCUGGAGCAUUAAUAUUCACAAAGGCUUCGCUUUAUAUAUACUAAUAGCGAAUAUAUUUUGUGGCAGUCACAUAAAAAUUCGCAUUCACUCAUUAUGAGGACGAAUACUCUCACUGUCUGCUGCCUGCUGCUAGCCAGCCUUUCCUUUGCAAGUCCCAGUUCCGCGAAAUUGAGUACAAGCACUACGCCAGCCAGCUCAAUACAAGUCGAUUUGGAGCCAAUCAAUGGCACGAUGAAUUAUCGGCUCUAUGGCAAAAAGGGCAAGGAUGAUAAACCCUGGUUUGAUGGCAUUGACAGUAGACAAAUACAGUGUGUACGUCGUGGACGUUGCCUGGAAGUUAACACCACACACAACACAUGCUUGGGCUCCAAGUUGCCGUAUGCCUUAACCAGUCUUGGUUUAACCGACUACCACAAGGAAAAGGAAUUGGAUGAAGCUUUGAGUGGUUAUUAUGCCCUCCGGCAUGUUCCCAAAUGUUGGGCUGUUAUACAGCCAUUUCUUUGCGCUGUUUUCAAGCCCAAAUGCGAGGAAAUCAACGGACAGGACAUGGUCUACCUGCCUUCCUACGAAAUGUGCAAGAUUACGCUCGAGCCUUGUCGCGUGCUAUACAACACCACAUUUUUCCCAAAAUUUCUGCGUUGCAACGAAACGCUAUUUCCCACGAAGUGCAGCAACGAUGCACGUGAAAUGAAGUUCAAUGUAACCGGAAAAUGUAUGCCACCUUUAGUGCCGGCAGAUAACGCAGCCAGCUAUUAUCCCGGCAUUGAGGGCUGCGGUGUGCAAUGCAAGGAUCCAUUAUACACGGAUGAUGAGCAUCGGCAAAUACACAAAUUAAUUGGAUAUGGCGGCACAUUGUGCCUGCUCUCAAAUCUGUUUGUGGUCGCAACGUUCCUCAUAGACUGGCAGAAUGCCAACAAAUAUCCAGCUGUGAUCGUUUUCUACAUAAAUCUGUGCUUUCUUAUUUCCUGCUUUGGCUGGCUGGUGCAGUUUACGUCCGGCUCACGGGAGGAUAUUGUCUGUCGCAAGGAUGGCACGCUGCGUCACUCGGAGCCAACGGCUGGAGAGAAUCUGUCAUGCAUUGUGAUAUUUGUGCUUGUGUAUUACUUUCUUACCGCCGGCAUGGUGUGGUUUGUAUUUCUAACUUAUGCCUGGCAUUGGCGUGCCAUGGGACAUGUCCAGGAUCGUAUCGAUAAGAAGGGAUCAUACUUUCAUCUGGUUGCUUGGUCACUACCCUUGGUGCUCACCAUUACGACAAUGGCGCUCAGUGAGGUCGAUGGCAACGGAAUUGUGGGCAUCUGUUUCGUUGGCUACAUCAAUCAUUCGAUGCGAGCUGGUCUACUUUUGGGACCCCUUUGUGGCGUCAUUCUUAUUGGCGGUUACUUCAUCACGCGCGGUAUGAUUAUGCUUUUUGGCCUAAAGCAUUUUGCCAAUGACAUCAAAUCAGCCUCCGCCAGCAAUAAAAUCCAUUUGAUUAUCAUGCGUAUGGGCGUCUGUGCGCUGUUAACAUUAAUAUUCAUCCUGGUUGCCAUUGCCUGUCAUGUAACAGAGUUUCGCCAUUCAGCCGAGUGGGCAGAAAGUUUUAGACACUACAUUAUUUGCCGCAUCAGCUCCGUUUUUGAUGAGAACAGCGUCUGCAAGAUUGAGAAUCGUCCCAGUGUGGGAGUGCUCCAAUUGCACCUGCUUUGCUUGUUUAGUUCUGGCAUACUUAUGUCCACUUGGUGCUGGACACCGUCCUCCAUUGAAACCUGGAAGCGCUACAUAAAAAAAAAGUGUGGAAAGGAAGUCGUCGAGGAGGUCAAAAUGCCCAAACACAAGGUCAUUGCACAAACUUGGGCCAAGCGCAAAGACUUUGAGGACAAGGGAAGACUCUCCAUAACGCUGUAUAACACACAUACCGAUCCCGUGGGUCUAAAUUUCGAUGUAAACGAUCUAAACUCUUCGGAAACGAACGAGAUUAGCUCUACCUGGGUGCAUUAUUUACCACAGUGUGUGAAACGUCGCAUGGCACUGACGGGCGCCACGCCUGGUAAUACAAACUCCUCCAGUCAGGGUCAGGCUGGACGCAAAAACUCCUUGGACUCGGAGAUCAGUGUCAGUGUACGUCAUGUGUCCGUGGAAUCGCGACGCAACUCUGUAGACUCACAGGUGUCUGUGAAGAUAGCCGAGAUGAAGACCAAAGUGGCAUCGAGAUCGCGACAGCAUGGUAAGCAUGCUUACACGUCGAGCAGCAACAAGAGAUCGCAGCGACGCAGAGAUUUCAUUGCGGCCAGCAGCGGACGCACAAAGUACAGCAGUGGAGGACGGGGACGACGUGAAAGCAGCACCUCUGUUGAGUCACAAGUUAUAGCGUUGAAGAAGACCACUUAUCCGAAUGCUAGUCAAAAAGUGGGCAUGUUUGCCCAGAGCACCAAAAAGCACAACAGCACUAGGCGUCGUAAUGCGGGAUUAGAUCCCUCCAUCAUCAAUGAUUUCAUACAAAAGAAUGGACAGUUAAUAUUACCAUUUUUGCAAAACCAGGGCAUGACAACCUCCUCAGAUGAGGAAGAUAAUUCGCGUGCCUCUUUCAAAAUACACGACCUCAAUUUGGUGGUCAAGCAGGAGCUGAGCGAUGAUGAUGAAUUGAUGAUAAAUGAUGAUGGACCACAGAUUCAAGAGCUGCCCAGCAAUGGUAGCAAGGCCGCCGCAUUGGGACAUUUCUUCAAGCACAUGCAAAAGUCCAGCGAAUCGAAUUGCAAUGGAAAUCGUCAUUCACGAAACUCACAGCGGAGUCGCAGAUCACGCAAGGAACACGCCAAGUCACAACGUCACGGGGACUUAAAACUCGACCUUGAUUUGGAUGUGGACUCAACUAGCGAUUUUAAACAGCAAUAUGUGCGACAAUUAACCGCAGCGAUUGAUGUGAAUGGUGACUCUGUAAGCUGUUCCUCCGUUGAGCUGGAUAUUCCCCUGGAUAUUAUGCUACACAGUUCCUACUCCGGCCUGUCCACGGGCAAACCCAAUUCGCGCAACAGCAAGACCAGCUGUGAUGUGGGCAUACAGGCAAAUCCAUUUGACAUUGCUACACACACAUUGCCCACCUAUGACAAUGAGGAGCUGCAGCAGGCCAUGCGUCUGCUCAAUGCGGCAAGUCGGCAACGCAACGAGAUGAUGGCAGAGGAUGCCACUGAAAUGCAAUGCCUGCUCGGACCACGACAUCACAGGGAACCAACACUCAUGAGUGAAUCCGAUAAACUUAAAAUGUUACUGCUGCCCUCCAAAUAGAAGUUUUACUAGAGUGGAGUGGUUCAUUUGACGGAAUGCAUUUACUUAAGUUUUUAAAACUCUCAUCUUCCAUUACAAUCGGUAAACGAUUUUGAAUACGAAUACUCAUAGUAAUUAAGUUUUAAAAAGUUUACAAAUCUCAUAUUUUUGCAUGAAAACAGAGAAUAAGCGUUUAAGAUCUGUGUGUUACCAUUUAUAUGUCGCUAUAUUGACUGUUUCCUUAAACUAGACUGUAGAAUUUAUAGUAGUAUCGAUGUAUGUUGUUUUAAAUGUACAAAUAAGUCGCCCUAUUGGGCAAAUCAAGCACAACGAAAACGAAACGAAUUGUGUUACAAAGUGCCUUAAGAGCUUACAAUUAACAUUUUGUAACUAAUAAACCGAUUUUAAAUCCCAAGUCAA